UGCGUUGUCAUUUAUUUGGCUUAGCUGAAUCAAGAGGAGCAGUAUUGGCCCGGCCUACAUUCCACUAUUAGUCGAACACGCAAAUGCCAGCCAGCCUUUCUGUACCCUUCACCUACAGUACGGUAUACUCGUGUCAGCACCGCGUCGAAUUCCUUUAACUUCCACCAGGAUCCAGGACUUCGAGUGGGAUAUCUGUGAUGUCCGGCACGGAACCUCGGUUAUGUAUAUUUCGGGUGCUAUGGUGUUCUUGUGAUGUUCUGAUUGAUGAUAUUGGCAUGGAUAACGUCCGCGGAAACCAGACAUCCUUGAACCAAACUUCAUCUUGACAAAAUCUGCAAUCUGUACCGCCCAUCAGGGUAUAGUAUUGUUGUACGCGAUUGACUUGGGACUGGAGCUGGACGCGAUUCGCGAGGUGAGUGGCCGAUUGGACACAUCAACGAGAGUCCAGCAGCCAUGUCACGCGGAGAACGAGCUCAGGACGACCCCAGAGGAGACGACUCCUCGACCUCUAGAGUUGAAGAUCCCUGGACCUCUGGGGUCGUCAGAGCCUAUUCAUCGUCAGGGUCUUCCAUGAGUGACGCACCCACGCUCAGUCGGAACCCAAUGACCAACGCACCGCUUCCCGGCAUUGCAUCUCUUCUACCACAAGCGUCACAAGAUGAAGACACCCCGGGCCCAUCCUCCGCGUCGCGGCAAACGACAAGUACCAAUAUCAAGUACCCACAUCAACAUUCAAUGUACUUCUCCAGCACUUCGCUCGGGUAUGGCCCUUCCUCUGUGACGCCAGUCGCGUCUAGUUCCAGAGCUGAGUUGGAAGAGCUCUCAUCUCUUCGACCGCAGACCGUCGGCUGGGGGACAGCGUCAUCAACGCGCUAUAUGGCACCGCAUUCAAUGCCUCAAGGAUUUGCCCCUGCUAUGGCGCAAAACGAGCCACUACCAGGUCUCCAAACACCCCUCAUGCCACCCGAGGGGGAUCCGAGGACAUUCCAUUUGAUUAUCCGCCAACAACCUGUGCAGGGGCGCAUGUGCGGUUUCGGCAGCAAAGACCGACGACCUCUCGAUCCCGUACCCAUCGUGCAACUUUGUGCAAGCGGCCCUUAUGGUCGCGACGAGGAAGCGGAGGCCGGUCCUCACCUCCUCAUGCAGGUUGCGCUGCUUCAUCAAGAUCCCGCAUAUGAAGCCACACUAGUCAAGAACUCCAGUGAUGCUGAGUUCCCAUGGCGGCGUGCGCUCGAGGGCAAACUCGUCUCCAGCGGCCACGUCGUUCGCGAUCUGGAUGGGCAAAAAGCAUGCUUCUUUCCCUUUCCUGAUCUCAGCGUACGCCUUGAAGGGCGUUUUCGCCUACGGUUCACGCUGGUUCGCCUUGGGCCGGGAUUCGCCGGCCCGGCAGGAGGAGCUGUCGCUGUUGCUGAUUCGGAACCGUUUCAAGUGUACAGCCCGCGCGAAUUUCCUGGGAUGCUCGAGUCCACGGAGCUCGCCAAGACUUUGGCGCGAGCAGGAGUCCUCAUUACGACCAGAAGCAAAGGCCGGGAGCAAUAGGCUUCCCGAGCGCGAUACAACAUUUAGCAGCAGAAAUAAUAGCACAGGAGAGCGACCACAGCCGAGCUGGAUCUUCGGCCUUUAGGGCAUGAGAGCACCGUGACGAAUCGCAUUCAUUUUGUCAGCAAGCAAUAACAAGACCCGAAGCCAUCUCACUGCGUCAUUCGUAAGGCCGCAUCCGAUAUCAAGCUACCUUUAAUAAAACGAGCGAUAGACAAGUGAAUUUUCGUGCGAUGCACAUUAGACAGGUAAAAUUGUACCGAAGAACAAAGAUUGAUAUAUAAUGGC